ACCCUUUCAGUCUCCUAGUUUGCAGCUAAAUUAGUCCUUAACACCAUCUUAAGGCAGGCGAGCAGCAUCUUAUAAGCACCCUGGUUUCUAGCAAGAUGCCUACGAUACAAGCGACCGACAAACAGGCGGCUGCCAACGGUAGCGAUGGCGGAAGUGAAGCCGUAGCGGCCGGCUCGAAACAUGACAUACCAGAUAAGACGGCCCCAGAUUCUAAGCGAUCUAAAAAGAGCGAUGGGAAAGCUCAGAAAACCAUUGAAGACACCAUGGAAAGCUCUACCAAGGACGGCCGAGAACCCAAAAAGGGGAAACAGGCUAGCAAAGAUGAGGAAAGCGACGUUCAGGACUCAAAACAGGGCCCGGCGACAGGCAAUGCUGAAGAAUCAGGUGCACGUAAGGGUGUCGUUCCAUCCAGCAUACUCGAAAAGGGCAUCAUCUACUUCUUUUUCCGCGGACGCGUAGGCAUCGACGAACCCAGCGACGUGAAGGAAAUUCAGCGAAGCUUGAUGGUUCUUCGACCUCUCGACAAAGACGCUAAGCUCGGAGAGGGUACUAUUCAGGAUGCUAGUAACAUCCGGUUGAUCGCAGUACCCAAGAAGGUAUUUCCCCGUAGUGGCAGGGAUAGAUGGAUCGCAUUCGUGGAGAAGUCCGACGCCUCUUUGAAAACCCUCAAAGAGACCUUCCUCCCCUCACAUGACUAUGAGACCAAGACAGCGGGUACUCGGCACACCCCUGCUGCCACGCCGGCUGCCGAAGGUGUCUAUGCAAUCACCACGACUGGAAGGGAAAGCCAUCUCGCGUAUAUGAUUACACUGCCAUCUGAGCUCGGUGACUUGCAGACCGAGCUGGGGCUGCGAGAGAAGGGGAGUUUCAUUAUCAGUACGAGAAAUCCCCAGUACGAUGCGCCUCGAGGCACGGCACUUCCUGAGGGUCCAGAUUAUCCUAAAGAGGUACUCGACGAGUUUCGGUCGCUUAGAUGGAUGCCAUCCCAGCCACACCAUCUCGACUAUGCGAAUACGCAAUUCUUGCUGGUUGGCGAAUCGAGCGGCAUUGAGAAAGCCACCGAGCCUCAGAAAGAGGACGAGAAAGAAGGAAAGGAGAAGCCCGAGGAAGAAUUAGAGAAGCUAGAAGAUGAGGACACACAUCGCAUGGAGACAUUAAGAGAUGAUGAUUCCACGGCCAUCUUUGCUGACUUGGGUACCCUCGCAAAAGAUUAUCCGAAAAUGAGAACGAGCUUCAAAUGAGGGCCCAUUUCCUAGACCGCUAUUGUUCCUAGUGUUAGUAAUGUCAGAGUAUGUACGAAUGUACGAUAGCAGGAAACGGAAGGCAGUAUAUAGUAUGCUUGGCAGUUCAUAGAACACGUUGACAUAACGAGCACGAUCUUGUUCGCA